AUGCUCCAAUUACUUGUUAGCUUCGGGCCCCUUUAUACCACGGCGCUCAUUCUGGGCUGCCUGAUGGGCUUGUUCGUAUGCAACAGGCUCUAUGUCGACUACAGAAUCCGCAAAGUCGGCGGUGUCCGGGCUUCCGUCCUCGCUACCAACCCGUUCACAGGACUUCAGUUCCUCAUGCGGGCCGCCUAUUGGCAGACCCGCGACAAGCUAGACUACUACUAUCGCUCCCUAUUCAACUGGGCGUCGCCAGAAUGCCCCAACUGCGUGGAAAUCGCCAUCUUCGGACGCGCACGCUUCUUAAUGACACAGGAGCCGGAGCACAUCAAGACGAUCCUGACGGGCAAGUUCCGCGAGUACGGCAAGGGCGAGCGGUUCCACGAGAUCUGGAGCCCCUUUCUGGGCGACUCCAUCUUCACGACGGACGGCCAGCAGUGGUCGGAUAGCCGCGCGCUGAUCCGGCCGAUGUUUGUCAAGGACCGCGUGCGGGACUUGGAGAUCUUUGAUCGGUGGACUAUGACGCUCAUUGAGAAGUUGCCGGCGUCAGGCCAAACGGUGGAUAUGAUGGACUUGUUUUAUCGGAUGACGCUAGAUGUGACGACGGAUUUCUUGCUUGGUGGGAGUGUCAACAGCUUGAAUAACCCCAAGCACGAGUUUGUGGCCGCGUUCCAAGAGGUUCAGCGUAUCCAGAUGCUUCUCACCAUCCUAGCCCCCCUCCGCUCGAUCAUCCCCACCUACCGCUACAAGCGCGGCAUCCGCAUCCUCGAGCGCUUCGUCUCCCCCUUCAUAGCCCGCACCCUCUCCCUCUCCCCCUCCGAACUCGACAAGCUCUCCCAAUCCGACAACAAAGACCUCACCUUCCUGCACCAAAUCGCGCGCACCACGCGGGACCCCAAAAUCAUCCGCGACCAGCUCAUGGCCGUGCUCAUCGCGGGACGCGACACCACCGCCGCCACCCUCUCCUGGACCGUCUACGAGCUCGCCCGCCAACCGCGCGUCUGGGCCCGUCUCCGCGCCGACGUCCUCAACACCGUCGGCCGCCACAACCCACCCACCUACGAGGACCUGAAAGGUUUGACGUUUUUGACCCAUACCCUCAACGAGACCCUGCGCAUGUACCCCGCCGUGCCGUAUAACCUGCGCGCGGCGCUGCAGGAUACCACGCUUCCCGGGCGGGAAGGGCAGCCGGAUAUUGGGGUGUUGAAGGGGGAUAUUGUAGUGUAUAGUACGCUGGCGAUGCAGAGGCGGCGGGAUUUGUAUCCGGAGGAGUGGGCGACGGCGAAGAUGGAGGAGAAGGGAAGGGGUUUGGCGGUGGAUGAGGAGGUGGGCGGGUUGGCGGACCCGGGGGUGUUUUGUCCGGAGCGGUGGGAGAGGUGGACGCCUAAGGCGUGGACGUAUGUGCCGUUUAAUGGGGGGCCGAGGAUUUGUGUGGGGCAGAACUUUGCUAUGACCGAGAUGGCGUUUACUUUGGUCCGGCUGCUGCAAAAGUACGAGAGACUCGAGUACCGCGGUGACUGGCACGGGCAGUUCCACAAGGCCGAGAUUGUGGGUGCUCCGGGCCAUGGUGUGCCUGUUGCGUUCUUCGAGGCCGAGAAUGGCUCGGCAGUGUAA